AUGGCAAUGCAGCGAAGCCACAUUGUCCUCUCCACGAACAGCGACGCGUUGAAAGGCUUCGAGGGCCACUUGCGUCAGUCUCACAUGGCAGAAGAGGUCCUCUUGUUGCAGUUCUCCGAGCAGAAGGCGCUGAGCAUACAGAAGCUGCGCCAAGCGAUUGGGGAUCCACAUUCCUGUGAGAUCUGGGUGUUGCUGCUGGCGACGGGGCAGUCGAGCCACCUGUGGUUCAACGCCGAGCACUGCCCCAAGAAUGUUGAGCUCUGCUCCUGGCUCAAGAGCCAUGCUGAGAUCAGGUAUGUGAUCUGCCCCACGAGCCCGACAGCAAAAAUGGAUUGGCCGGACUCGGAGACGAGACCUCUCCCUAUGAUUAAGCAGGUCUUCGGGGACUAUCUGCCCAAGAACUUCGACCAGGUCUCCUGCUGGCAUGGUUUUGAAGCCGGCGUCCGUUCCAGCUCGACCAUUUUGGACUUGACGGAGGUUGCUGUGGCAAUCGAGCCCGUGCCUGCCCUUCGCAUCCAUGCAUGGCGAGGGCUGCCAGAGCGCUUCUGGUUUGGACUGGGCGUUGCUGCAGUUUCCAGUGGCGUGCUGUGCUUAUUGUGGAGCAUGCGGCAGAGGAUCAUACGCUUGGAAUGCAUCUUGCCAGAGCGCCUGGCAGCUCUGGAGUCUCGGAUGAUUCGUCUGCAGGCUCGUACUGAGGAGCAGGCUCUGACGAUUGACCAGCAAGCUGCCACGAUUGCAGCAGCCAUCGAGAGACUUUCCUCUAGGGUGAAAGACGUUGCAGAGAAGAUGUCGGACCAGAUAUCUGGUGUCUGGGACAAGAUGCAUGGUUUAAUGACGCAUAUCUCAGUGCUGUCGGACAAGUUGGAUGAUCAGACCAGCUGCCCUGGUGCCGGGCGAUUGGACGAGGCAGCUGCGCUCCUUGCCCUGCGCACUCUGCGUCCAUGUUCCAGCCUGAUGUCCUCUGAAUCGCUUAGCGGCUUAACGUAG